CAUUUGUUUUACUUAACUUGUGAACUUGUUUGAAUUAUUAUUUGCGGACAUUUUGGACUCCCGUUUCUCUUUGUUGUUCGUUUGCAGUUUUUUGCUCCAAGAGCUAAUAAAUUAGAAGAACGACAUUGGUCGUCUAUUUGUAAUACAGUAUUUUGGUCGAAUUUGUGAUUUGGAAUAAACUUUGGUAUCUACUUUGGAGUUUCGUUCUUGGUUUAGAAAUUUGGGACCGUGAAUUACAAAUAGUCGACAACCGUGCUUCGUAAGAUCAACGAGCAAAAAACUGGACGUAACAAAAGUUCUUCUAAUUUAUAUUUGUCAUAAACUGGAUUCUUUUGGUCGUUUGGCUCCAAAAGUUCUUCUAAUUUAAUUUCGUCAUAUAUUGGAUUUCUGGUCGUUUGGCAAAGAGGUUCUUCAAUUCAAAUUUUGGUCGUUGGAAACUUUUGGAAAUUUGGGUCCAAAAGUUCUUCUAACUUUUAAUUUGGUCGUUGGAUACUUUGGACAAUUCAGUUUUGGUUCUUUGGUUAUCUUUUGGAUACUUUUGGACAUUUUGUUAUUAUUGGCGAAUACGUUUGGAAUAAUUUCAUAUUUGCUUGGUAAUCGAUUUCUAACAAAAGCAUCCAAUGGAAACUAGAAGCAAAAGGCUGAAGGAGCAGGACGAAAUGGAUGGUAAAUAUUCUAAAGCUGUUUGUGGUAUGUCUGAUGUUAAUGAUGAUAAACUUGAUGAUAUUAGUGUUAAUAGUAAGUCUUCAUCUCAGUUUAGUACUUCUAGAUUUAAGUUAGAUAAGGCAUUAAUUAAGAAGAAGAAUUUGGAAAAGAGACUUGAGUUAGAAAAGCAGCUUAAAAUGUUAGAGCUUCAAGAGGAAGUUGAUAUGGCUGAAUUAGAAUGUAAGCUCAUAGAAAACGAUAACCAACUGUCAGUAGACAAAGCUGAGAUAAAUUCUAAGGUCGAAAGGUAUUUGGAUUGUGAUAUUGAGCGUAAUAAGGUAAUUAACGCCUCAAAAUGCGGUUGUAUUGAUGAAUUAAAGGACACGUUACGUGCUACGGUUAAUAAUACAGUUUUGCCUAAAAUCGAUAUGAUGUUUUUUGACGGACAACCUAGCCAGUACCACCGUUUUAUUAGUCAGUUUACAAGCAUUAUAGAGAGUAAACUGUCUGACAAGGGCCAGUUGUUGUCAUAUUUGUCAUACUAUUGUAAAGGAAAAGCAAAAAAUGCGAUUGAAGGCUGUAUUAUUAUGGAUCCACAAGCAGGAUAUAAGAGAGCUAAGGCCAUUUUAAAACAGCUCUUUGGACAGUCGCAUGUAAUAGCCCGAGAAACCUUAGAGGAUUUAUUUAGAACUGGGAAUGUAGAUUUUAAUGAUUCUGAAUUAUUGACGAACUUGGCUAUUAAAAUGCAGAAUGCUGCUUUAACCUUAGAACAGCUAAAUUGCACAACGGAACUUAAUUCCAUGGUUACUUUAGAACGAAUAGUCAGGCUCUUACCUCGUCGAAUGCAAGCCCAGUGAGCAGAGCUAGGAAUCAAGUGGGACGAAGAGGAGAGAGAGCCUAAUUUUAACGAAUUGACGGAAUUUAUUAUGUCUCAUGCUAAGAUAGCUAGUAGUAGGUUUGGAAGAUUAGCUUAUCGGGCUAAAACAGAACAUAAUACGGAAGCUACUAGUGGUCUGCGUGUGGGACAUGAGGAUUUUUCGUUUCUACCUAAAGCACGCUCAGAAGAUAAGAGAGUUGUCAAUUAUAUCACGAAAGCAUACGCUGAUGAAGGACGAGUAUGUGACCGUAACGAUGUAAAACCUCUUGAUGCGUGUCCUAGCAAGAAGCCGGUUGGUGUAACAGAUAAGAUGGCUUUUCUAAGUAUGGAAAAGAAAGAAAAGGGUGAAAAGUGUAGGCAUCAAGAUGGAUCCGAAGUGUGUGAUGGUAAAAGCCUCUUAACUGCUCGAACAUCAAGGAACGGUUAUUUGGAUUCGAGCAAACAGAGGUUAGUGAAUAAGAACAAAGACGAAACAGGUUUGACUGUAUGGAAUAAAGCUUAUGUUCGGAACCUUUCACGUAACGUAAAUUAUUUAACAGGACCUAGAGUUGAUCCUAGGACAACAAGUGUAUAUAGUGACACAGCACUUCAUGUUGCUGAGCAAUCAGGAUGUCUGCAGGCUACUAUAUCUAGUUCUAUGGAGCAUCAUGAUAUUGAAGCGGAAGAUAAUAGCUGCUUAGCGCGUCCUGCUGAUGUUUGUUUACGGUCAACGGAUGGACGGUCGUAUACUAGUCGAAGUAGUCAUAUCGACAUUGAUAGUGUUAGUGAAAGUGGUAGCGUAGCUUUGAAGCCUGCAUGCCAACUAUCUCGCAACUCGUCAUUAACUGUGAAUAGUCGGAACAUCAUUGUCGACAACAAUAACG